AAAACACAUGAUAUCAUAACCGUCUCAAAGUAUAUAAAGGCAAGGCCAACAAAGCUUAUUUCUUUCACUUUCUCUUUUUUUCUUUAUGACUGAAUUCGCUAUUCGACCUUCUCAUUUACUCAUGACUUCGCCUAAUUCAAGCAUGGUCACUUUCAACAAUACACCCAUGUUCAAUCGUAGACCCUCCAUACGAAGAGGUACUAUUUCUAGUAUCUCAAAAGAUGUCAGAGUCAAUGACUUUGUACAGAUCAUUAAGCAACAAAAGGCUUUGCAGCAAAAAGAACGAAUUGAAACAGAGACGAAUUCAUUGAAAAGAAGACAUAGCAUGGUCAACAUCAAUCAACAGCUCAAGCCAACCAAUCCUAAAAAGACUUUACCUUCCCGUCAACGCACAAUGUCCAUUGGCAAUCUAAGAUCAUCAACAGAAGAAAACAAACAGGCUAUGGCGGCUGCGGCUAAACUCCGAUUGGAUGAAAAGGCAAAGGGCAAAUUGAAUCAGCAAAAGCAAGAUGAAAUUAUGAAUCACUUAAGAAAGUGUGCUGCUUGCCGAGUGCAGCCCAAACAAGAGCAAGAGCAAAUCACUUCUUCAGCAUCCUCAGUAACAACAACACUUUCAGAUGAUAUUCUUCCUUCCAAACAUACUUCCUCUUCUUCUGUAUUGACAACAAAAGAAAUCAUCAUUCAAGACUUGAAUUCAAGCAUGACAAGCUAUGCAAACCAAAUACAAAAUCUCUCGAGUAACUUGUUGUCUUCUGCAUCUUCUGCGUAUUCUUAUGCAUCUUCCACAUCUUCAUUAGAACACAAAGAUGUCAACAGAAAACGCUCUUCCUCUAUCCGUAGUAACAAGAUUCAAGAAUGUAAAGCCUUGAUCGUACAGCAGCAAGAACUCUUAAACAAGCUUGAGGCUUUGUGCCUGGAACCUAAAGAAAAGACCUUCUCAGAACAGCAAGAAAACUCCAUGGACAAGCCAAAAGAUACAUUUGUUUCAAGCGUAUUUAAGUCACUAGCAACUCCUAAACCAACAACAACACAAAUUGUCAUCAAGCAAACACCUGACAAGAACGAACUCAACACGGUUUUCUCAGUUCAAGGCGUUUGUACUACAACUGAAGCAUUAUUAAUACCCAAAAGAGUUUUAAGCCAUGACAACAAGGGCAUUCAUCAACAUAGAUACUCUCUUGAUUUGACAUAUACGGACCGUAAAGAAAAAUUUGUUCUUAAGCCUUCAGAUCAAUGGCAAGAAGAUAGCCAAGUACAAGCAUGUCAACAUGACGGUUGCAAGAAUACGUUUGGUUUCUUUCAACGUAAACACCACUGCAGAAGCUGCGGCCAUAUCUAUUGUAGCACACAUAGUGGUAAUCGAUUACCAUUAUUCACACCUACUCGUCCUGCCGAUAAACCUACUUUUUCCCGUGUGUGUGAUCAUUGCUUCUAUGGAUUAGCUGGUGAUUCUCUUGCACCUUAUUCUUAACUUGAUUAUGCCUACAUGUACAUAGCAGAUCCUUGGGAUAAUCUCUCUACAUAUCUCAUUCAUUCAUUUUUACAUACCCUCCUAAAAAUAACCAAAAUAUGUCAUUUUAAAAAAGUAUUUGUAUUAAUAAAUUUUCAUUUUUUCAUUAUUAUAA